AAUCAUUUUUUUUGUCAAUCAAUGGUUCGCAUUUUACUAUUACUGUUAUCAGAAUUAUUGAGUAUAAGAAUCUUUUGCUUUUGUGUAUACAUUCUUUGGUGUGGGAACAGCACUAUCACUUUAGUCUCUUUCAAAUUUUGACUUUUCUUUUGCUGGGUUUUUUUCUUCUGCAUUUGGCAUAUAUACAUAUUGUUACUGUAAAAAGAAAACCCGUUUAUUAUCUGCAUCUUUCUCUGUGUGUCUGUGCCGCUGUGUGUGUUUUUAUUAGUUUAUACCUCAUGGCUUCUUGGAACUCAGUUUUUCUUUCAUGGCUUAAGAAUUUCAGUAAUAUUUUCAAGUACAAAAUGGAUGAAGUCCAGCUUGGUUCACAUACUAUAAGGUCCCAUGGUCUCACCAUUGCAAGGACACACAUGCAUGAUUGGCUUAUUCUUGUAUUGCUUGUGGUGAUAUGGGUUGUCAUCCUUAUCAUUCAUCCAUUUUAUCGCUUUGUUGGGAAGGAUAUGAUGGAUGAUCUAAGAUACCCCUUACAAAGUAAUACAGUUCCUGUUUGGGCUGUGCCGAUGUAUGCCGUUCUGUUGCCCAUGCUGAUUUUUAUCUUUGUGUACAUUCGUAGAAGGGAUGUUUAUGAUCUUCAUCAUGCUGUACUAGGCCUCUUGUUCUCCGUUCUAGUGACGGCUGUUAUCACUGAUUCGAUAAAAAAUGCAGUUGGAAGACCUCGGCCAGACUUCUUUUGGCGCUGUUUCCCAGAUGGAAAGGAUGUUUAUGAUAAAUGGGGAAAUGUCAUCUGUCAUGGUGAUAAGAGUGUCAUUAGGGAAGGGCAUAAAAGCUUUCCAAGUGGGCAUACCUCUUGGUCCUUUGCCGGGUUGGGUUUUCUUUCACUUUACUUGUCCGGAAAAAUCAAAGCAUUUGACCGUAGAGGACAUGUUGCAAAACUAUGUAUCGUUUUUCUCCCUUUGUUGGUUGCAUCACUUGUGGGCAUUUCUCGAGUGGAUGACUAUUGGCACCACUGGCAAGAUGUCUUUGCUGGGGGUCUCCUAGGGCUCGUAGUGGCUACAUUUUGUUACUUGCAGUUCUACCCGCCACCAUACGAUGCAAAUGGUUCAGGGACUUAUGCUUAUUUCCGAGUAAUCGAGGAGUCUACUGCAAAUACAACAAACACAAUCAAUGCCGCGAAUCUUCCAAAUGCAAUGACCGGAGAGAUUCGGAUUGCGAACCAACAAGAAUCAACCGAUAAUGGAUUUAUGGGAAUGCAUUUAGCACGCAAUUCUAAUUCAGUGUUGGAAGAUGUGGAAUCGGGGAAAAGUUAACUCGGUGAGUUUCAUGUUCUAAAUUCGUAUGUAAAUGAGGAAUACGUUGUAUAUACGUGCACCGUCUCGUAGUUAUGGAUUCUAUUGCUAUAUUAUUAUUGUAUAGCCAAUAACAACACUACUAUUAAGUAGCACAGCUUUUCAUUCUGUUUCUCCUAUUGGCUUAGAUGUGAGGACUGAACAAAAUGAAAAAUAAAAAUAAAAAAAAGUAAAAAAUAAAAAAA